AGAGAAGCAUAAGCUCUCCUUCUAAAACGAUGGCUCCUACCUGCAUGCCUUCUGCUGACUACUCAAAGCUUUCCAACAAGGAAAAACACAAACUGAGAAAACCAGUGGUGGAAAAAAUGCGCCGUGAUCGCAUAAACAGCUGCAUCGAGCAGCUUAAGGUGAUUCUGGAGAAAGAAUUCCACCAGCAAGACCCAAACACCAAGCUGGAGAAAGCUGACAUUCUGGAGAUGACAGUCGUCUUUCUGAAGCAGCAGCUGCAAAGCCAGAUCUCAGCACCUCAGAAAGCACACUGUGACGGUUACUCUCAGUGCUGGAGGGAGACCGUGAACUUCCUGUCUGCCAACUCCAAACUUGAUGUCACACUUCAACAUCUCAACCGCUGUCAAGAAGCUCAGAGAGCACCGAAAGAUUUCCCAGUGUCUCCACGUUCCUCCCAGAUCCACCAGGCUCCAGUCAAGCAGGAGAUCAGCGUGAACAGGCCUGUGUGGAGGCCGUGGUAGAGACACUGAUCACUGAGACUCUCAUGUUAACCAGAUGGUAGUUUUACCAUCGCAAAGUCGGAGUGUAUUUUCCAUUCCAGAGAUUCAGGUCAUUAUCUCAUGUUGGGUUUUGAUCAGUGUAUGUUUAUUGUAAUGUCCGUCCUAUGGAUUAGACAAGAUUAUCAAUUAACCAUGUCAUUAUCUUCAUAUUGAAGAGUUACAUAUCUUCUGAUUUGUCUUA